AUGGUGUAUACAAUUGAAUUUUCUUUGGCAGUCAUCUUUGAAAUUCAAGCCAUUUCUGUUUCAAUAAUUAUCUUUGUGUACUUCGCUCAAGAUCCUGCUACUCGUUUGAAACGACGACAUCAUAGUUGGCUUGUUUUGUUAAUUCUCAACUUCUUUCAAUUGAUCUUUGAUUUACCGAUAGCACUGUCAUUUUAUUACCGAGAAAGGCUUUGGCCGGAAUCAUAUGCACUGUGCGUUUGGUGGAACUGGUUGAGUUUCUCUUGUGACACAACAGCAUUAUUUCUAAUGGUAUGGAUAUCUAUUGAAAGACAUCUGCUUAUCUUUUAUCCAAAACUUAUAUCCAAAAGAGGAUGGAAGAAAUGGAUGUUUGAUGUCUUACCUUUAAUCGUUUGUCUUAUGUGGGCACCAGUUGUAUAUUUUGCUCUAAUUGUUAUCGUUUCGACAUGUGAGAAUACGUGGGACUAUACAACACUUCUUUGCGGACCACCAUGUUACACUUAUACGGGUUUCUUAGGCAUCUAUGAUUUUGUUUUCAAUGUGUGUGCACCACUUUUCAUCAAUAUUCUAGUGAAUUUAUUGUUAAUCAUUCGAGUAAUCAAAGAGAAACUAUCUUUUCGUCCAAUAAUUAAUUGGCGAAAACACCGGAAAAUGAUCUUGCAGUAUUGGGCUAUAUCUUCGCUUCAUGUUGCACUUUGGUCACCGCUUGUCAUCGUGAGUCUCAUUCAAAUGACUGGAAUGCCUUCAUUCAUGGCCGAUCAAUAUACAAAAUUAGAAUAUACUCUUUAUUACAUGCCAUUACUUUUGCCAAUAACAUGUUUAUGUGCAAUACCAAAUUUAGUUAACAAAAUUAUGAAUCUUGGUUGGAAACGUCGAACGAAUGUAGUUACAGUCGGUGACAUACCUGAUUCUAGACGAAGAACAGGAAAAAUAUCUCGUCAACAGAUUUGUAUUUGA